AUGGGAUUGUUGGGAGCCAUAGGCUUUUCCUUAGCCUUGGUAUCUCUAACUCAGAUACCUCAUAGUGCUGCACAGGGUACCUCGACAGAGAAGGAUGUCUAUGGUCUGCUGCCAGGAACUGACUAUAAAGUGACUCUCAAACCCUUCGUGUUCUACUUUGCGAUGUGUGUGUCUACAUAUGAGGCGUCCACAGUGCCCGACACAGCGCAGAUAAAGAUUGGCACGCCACUGUCGAGUACUUCAGUCAGGGUGGAGUGGACUGUGGUUCCCUCGGCGUCGCGCUACUACCUUCUGUUGUACCAGGCCACAGGACCGGUGGUCAACGUGACCUCCACCGACACCAGUGCUGUGGUGCAAAACCUGAAGCCCUCCACCAACUACGACUGCUACGUCUUCACAGCUAACAAGGCCGGCAUGGGGAGCAAAAGCAAAAAGAGGACCAUCACGACCUUGGUGCAGCCCCCGACGGGCCUCACAGCAACAUCCACCGGCCUGGGAACAGCCAGGGUCACGUGGCAACCGGUGAAGGAUGUUCUGAUAUACCAUUGCACCGUCCAGGACAUUGAUGAACCCAACAUCCGACCCGCCUCGUACAACGUCUCAGACACUAAGCUGGAUGUUCAAGGCAUCCUCCCAUGCUCCACCUAUCUGAUAUCAGUGUCCUCAUUCAACAAGUUUUUGGUGCCGAGCGAGUCCACAGAACACACAUUCUCCACCAACAAGCUGAGACCAGUUUCAGAAGUUUCCGUAGAAUACGCCUGCUCGCCCCAAUCUGCCACGGUGCAAUGGUCGGCAGUGUUUGGGGCCGACUCCUACAAGGCCUCUGCGAUUGGUGAAAACGGCACGGAGCUGACGUGCACCAGUGUGAGCACCAGCUGCCAGAUCACCAGACUGAGCUGUGGCCAGAGCUACGACGUGCACGUUACUCCUAUGUCAGAGAACUGCAAGAACAAGAUGAACGCCACCUCGACCAAUUUUCAGACAGCUCCCUGUCCUCCCAAGAACCUGCAGCUGGAACGAGAUUGUUCCAGCACAGGCAUCGACUUUUCCUGGGAUCACACAAACAAGACAGAACACUACAGGGCCCAGUCAGUGGACUCCGAGAAUAUACAAACCUCAGCCGACUGCAACUCAGAUGUUCUGCUCAGCAAGUGGGACCUCGCCGAGGGGGCUUUACGUUACACUGUGGAGGCUUUUGGCAACAGGGAAAAUGACAACUACUACAACUGCACCUCACAGUCCAACAGCUGCGCUAUACAGGGCGUCAAGUGUGGAGAGUACUUGACCAUCUUCAUCACAGCUUUUGACGACGAAUGUGCCAGUCCAAAGACGCUGGCGCCUGUGGCUGAGACAGUCCCAUGCAUUCCUCAGAAUGUCACAGCCGUAAAGGAAUGUGGAGCCGACUCCAUCUCGGUAACCUGGUCAAUGUCCGGCAGUGCGUUAUUCUACGUCGCCAUGGCGAUGGACAAUUAUGGCGUCAUUCACAGCUGCAACGCCAUGGAUUUGAUGUGUAAUAUCGAGGGGAUGAAGUGCAGCACCAACUACACGGUGUACGUCAUCUCCUCCAACUUCUUUUGCAACAGCUCUGUGAGCGAGAUGAUCCCCAUAGAGACAGCUGCUUGCCCAUCGGACCACAUUACUGCCUCUCUGGACUGUGCAGCCAACGAGGCUCUGAUUUCGUGGCGCGGUCGGCCCAAUAUUAUGUCCUACACCGCCACCAUCUUGGAUGAAAACCAAGGGCUCCUCAGCUGCAGCAACACUAAUACCAGCUGUAGAAUACCCAACCUGAAAUGUGGCCAGCUCUACACUGUCACGGUCAGCCAACACGAUGGCAUGUGCCCCAGCAUGCCCUCUGAGGCCAUCCACAUGGAGUCUGUUCCUUGUGGGCCCAAUGUGACUGCCGAUUUAGACUGCAGGUCACAGGUACUGACCCUCAGCUGGGAUGCAACAAGUAAUGCAGAAGGCUACACAACGGUGGUUUCAAACAACAAUGAGACAGAGACCUACAUCAACACGGAGCCCGGGCUGAUGCUCAGCACACUGGAGUGUGGACUCGAUCAUAAACUGAAAGUAACAUCCUUCAACAGCACCUGUGUUAGCCGACCCACAGUGUUGUCCAAGAGGGAAACACCUUGUGUGCCCACGGAUGUGAUGGUGACAAGAACCUGUGGGAAGACUUCUGCAAAAGUAAAAUGGAACGAAAGCCGUGGCGCCCUGCACUACGAGGCAGCUGCGGUGGAUGAAGCCGGUCAACCCUUGCUGUGCUCGUCCAAUCAGACUUCAUGCACGUUGGAGGGCCUCGUGUGCAGCCAGGUUUACAGUGUAGGGGUGACCGCCACGGACGAUACCUGCACCAGCAAUAAGAGCUCUGCUGUGAUACUACGGACAGUGCCCUGCCCUCCCGCUCAGCUCAACGUCUCUGUGAACUGUGCCAAUAACUCUGCCAUGUUAACCUGGAGCAGCAGCCCCAAUGCAGUGUCCUACACUGGCAAGGCAGUGAGCGCAGACGGAUACGUUGUGAACUGCGGCGCAGGAAUGGAGCUCGGUUGCCAAAUGGAUGAUCUGCAUUGUGGCAUGGAGUACACCUUCACUGUGUCUGCCUCAGACGGCGAGUGUCAAAGUCCUGACAGCAAGCCGGUCAACAAAACAACCGCCCCAUGUGCUAUGGAGAGCGUGCUCAACAGCCUGGACUGUAGCACCAACAAACUGACCAUCAACUGGGCUCCGGCAGGCAUGGCGUUAAACUACAGCGCCACCGCCCUGGCCGGAGACGGAACUGCUCUUCACUCCAUAACAGAGGGUUCAAACUGCUGGAUGGAUUUACAGUGUGGGCAGCAGUACAAUGUGACUGUCAGAGCCAUCAGCAGCACAUGUGAAGGACAAAGCAGCGUCCCAGAAACAGUUAACUCUGUUCCUUGUGUACCUGUGAACGUCCAAGGCGUAGUGGAGUGCUCCACUAAAACGCUGCAGGUGUCCUGGGAUACAGCUGCCGGCGCAGAUUCCUACAGCGCCACAUUAAACGGAGCGGGAGGUUUCUCUUAUUGCGCUACAGCUGGGGAUAUCUGCGUCUUCCCUGAUCUGGAAUGCGCUCAGACGUAUACGUGUGGUGUUGUGGCCCUGAAUGACAGGUGUAACAGCUCUGAGAGCUCCAUAAUCUCAGCAACAACCGCUCCCUGUGACCCCACAGAUGUGGCAGCCCUUCUGCAUUGCAGCUCGGGCGUGGUGGAUGUGACCUGGUCUGACAGUGCCGGAGCAGAUAAAUACACUGUCCUUGCUGAAGCCAACGGACACACGGACUCCUGUGAGGCCAGCAGCUCUUCCUGUGAGCUGACCCAGCUGCAGUGUGGGGGGGACUACACUGUGACCGUGCUGGCAGGGGACGGGAAGUGCAACAGCUCCAUACACGCCAAAACCAACGUAACAACAGCCCCCUGUGCUCCAGAGAUAAUUGACUACUCCCUGGACUGUUACUCCAACAAUGCUACGGUCACCUGGGUUAAAGACGAGGAUGCCAUGAGCGUCACAGUCAACGCCACCUCCACCCAGGGACAGAGGACGUCCUGCAGCUCCACCAACAGCAGCUGUGUCCUGGAGGUGCUGCAGUGUGGACAAAUCUACACCGUCCAGGCCGUCGCUCAAGGAGUCCAGUGUGCGAGCGAACCCAGUCCUUCUUUUCAGAUUGUCACAGCGCCCUGUACCCCUACAAACGUGGAGUACACAUACUCUUGUGUUACUGGCAUCGUCUUCCUGAGCUGGGACGAGACUUUGGGAAGAAAGAGUUUCCAAGCUGAAGUGUCUUCUGGAGACCACAUGGUGUCGUGCAGCACCACGCAGACCGACUGUUCCCUGACAUCGCUGCUCUGCGGGCGCAUGUAUGACGUGAACGUGAUCGCUCUGGCCGACCACUGCAACAGCAGCGUGCCAGGGGGAACUCAAAUACAGACAGCCCCCUGUGCUCCCAUGAAUGUCAGUUCCUCGCUGGUGUGUGACAACAACACGGCGGCGGUGAGCUGGCAGCUCAGCCCGGGUGCGGUUCACUACAAUGUGAAGGCGAUAGGCAGAGAUGGCGAUGCCAAAGAAUGCAACACUAACAGCACUAGUUGUCUCAUUCCCAACAUGCACUGCGCCCAGAUCUACCUGAUCACUGUGACCCCCUUCUCUGAUGGCUGCCAGGGCAUGUACAGCUACCCACACACUUACAUUGCAGGCCCCUGCCCCCCCACCAGUGUUCAGGUGUUCCUGCAGUGUGUCGGUAACAUGGGCGUUGUGACCUGGACAGCUGCCCUACAAGCAGACCUGUACGUGGCCACAGCGGUACCCUCUACUGUGGGUGGGCACAACAACACCUGCACCUCCAACGGGACAAACUGCUCCCUCAUGGACCUCUACUGCGGCGAGACGGCCGUUGUCACCGUGGUUACCAUUGAGAGUGGCUGCAUGAGCGAGCCCAGUCUGCCUUUUACUUUCCAGUCAGUCAUCUGCCCACCCACCGGACUGAUGGGAUUGACCACCUGCAGGAACAGUGACAUCAGAGUGGGCUGGGACCCAAGUCCAGAAAGUGGUGUUGAGUACUUCCUGCACUCUCAGGAGGAUGACGGGGCCACUGCCAACUUCACCACAUCCAUGACAUCCCAUGUGCUCGCUGGGCUAAAGUGUGGCGAGCUGUACACCCUAAAGGUCGCUGCCACUGACGAUGAGUGCACCAGCGUCUUCAGCGAGCCUAUUCAAACUGAAACAGCUCCGUGUCCUCCCACCAACCUGACUGCCAGAGCCUACUGUGGCACCAGCUCUGUAACGCUGUCCUGGGCACCAAGUAUCUAUGCUAUAUCCUACACCGCUACAGUGACCGGUCCCCAAGGCCAUGUAACUUCCUGUUCAUCCAACACAACAACCUGCUCAGUGAAGCUGGAUUGUGGACUCCAGUACAUAGCAGUUGUGUUUGCUUUCAGUGAGACGUGCAACAGCAGCCUGGGAGAAUCUCUAACCUUUGACUCUGCUAAGUGUCUGCCUGACAGUGUGGAAGCAGACCUAGACUGCACCGCCAACUCCUUCGCAGUGCAGUGGAGGGCGAGAGUUAGCGAUGUCGGUUCUUACACAGCGAUCGCCAUCGGCAGUGACGAUACCCGUGUAACAUGCAACUCCACCAGCACCAACUGCAGCAUCCAGAACCUAAACUGUGGCGUCACCUACAGCAUUGUCGUCACAACACCAUCAGUUAACUGUGGCACCAUCAGAGGCUCCGACUACAUAAUGCAAUCAGCCCCAUGUAAACCAGAUGGGGUGUUGGUGGAUCUGCAGUGCAGCACUGACAUGGCGGUGGUGACCUGGGAAAACUCCGGGCCAGACCAGAGCCAGACGGUGUCGGCAGUGGACAGCAGAGGGAUGACCUCCACCUGCAACUCCAGCAGCUCCAACUGCACCUUCGACCAGCUGAGCUGCGGGGAGAGCUACGUCAUCAAUGUGGUCGGCCACACAAAUACAUGCAGCAGCGACCCAGCUGUUUCAAAAAGGCUCAACACAGCUCCGUGCAUUCCCACCCACGUUUCUGCACAGGUGGACUGUGGGACUGGGAUCACCGUGGUGAUGUGGGACUCAGCUCAAGGGGACACAUCUUACACCGUCUAUGCUUGGGGAAACCUCGGCCACAACGCUGAAUGUAACAGCACGGACACCAACUGUGAUUUCCCUAACCUGGCGUGCGGGCAGGACUACUCCAUCUCAGUGGUGGCUCGCCAUGAGUCCUGCGUCAGUUUGCUCAGCGAGUCCAUCAACGCCUCCUCAGGUCCUUGUCCCCACAGCGGUCUGCAGGCGACCCUGGACUGUGACACCAACACCGCUGUGAUAUCGUGGACGCCAGGCAGCGGCAUCCUCUACUACAAGGCCUCGGCCUCUGUCCUUGCCUUUAACGCGGUGGCCCCUCUGACCUGCUCCACCAACGGCUCCUCCUGCAACAUCAGCUCUCUGACCUGCGGACAGUCUUACAGGUUGAGAGUCAGUGGGCAGGGACAGAACUGCCCCAGUCCGGCCCAGGACUGGCUGCAAAUCAUCACAGCUCCCUGCCCUCCAACCAAUGUGAAAGUGAACUCUUCCUGUGAAUCGAACAACAUCUCGGUGUGGUGGCAGGCCUCAGAGGGCUCCGUGUCCUACACAGCCGUGGCCGAGGACGAACAGGGCCGUAGCUGGUCCUGUUACACCAGCAGCAGCAGCUGCCAGAUCUCUGGCCUGCCCUGUGGACAGCAGUACCACGUUUAUGUUGCUGGUGUUGACGAAGAAUGCAUUGGAGCCAAGAGUGAUGUUAAAGUGAUUCAUACAGCUCCCUGUGUGCCACAGAACGUACAGAACGACCUGGACUGUCUGUCCGGCGUCUUAAAUGUGACCUGGCAGUCGACGGGUGACGUUUCUCAGUUCCGCACCUCCGUGGUCAGCAGCAUAGGACACGUCAGCACCUGCCAGACGGUUAAGCAUCACUGCGUAGUGCCCAACAUGCUCUGCGAUCUGACCUACAAUCUGACAGUGGUGGCUCAAGAUGAGGCUUGCAACAGCUCCCAUAGCCCCACACAGCAGGUCCUUACAGCUCCGUGUCCUCUCCUGAACUUCCUCCCCGCUGUAAACUGUGCCACCGGCGUUGUAUCUGUAACCUGGAACAACAGCAUGUCAGGGGUUGUGUACACGGUGACGGCGGUUGAUGCUGCAGGUCAACGGCAAAACUGCAGCGGGUCAAUCGGCUGUGAUCUCACCACGCUGCAGUGUGGGACGGACUACAACGUCACCAUCACACCCUCCAGGGACGGAUGUGUGGGCAGAGACAGCCCCACAAAGAUGAUCAAGACAGUCCCCUGUGUGCCUCACCUGUCUGAAGUGGAGAUCGACUGCCUGGCAAACUCUGCCUGGGUGAUGUUUGAAGAGUCUGCUGGGGCUGAGGAGUACGUCAUCAUCGCUACCGACAGCCAAGGCUACGAAGAGACUUUUGAGUGUAACUCGACGUCAGAGGGAAUGUGUUCGUUGCCGUCGCUGAUGUGCAACAAAAAUCUCACCUUCACCCUCGAGGCCCGCGACCAGCAGUGCCCCAGUGCACAAAGCAAUGCUGUCAUAACUGAGACAGCUCCCUGUCCUCCUUCGGACAUUAACACAUCAGUGGAUUGCAACACUGGCACAAUCAGCAUCGACUGGAUGACCAUUCCUGGUGCGGUAACAUACACGGCUACGCUGGAACAGAUAAACGAUGGCACCACCUACUGCUGCACCACGCAAAACCACAGCUGUAACAUCACCGAUCCUCCGUGUGGAGAAAUGUUUAUUUUGCUCAUUGUAGCUGAGGGACGAACAUGCAACAGCACCCAGAGCGAAAGGAAGAUCGUCAGGACAGAGCCAUGCAUUCCUCAGAACCUGAAAUCCAGUCUGAGCUGCAGCAACAACGUGGCCUCCAUGUCGUGGAACUACAGCAGGGGAGGACAGGUUUACAGAGUGAGUGCCGUGAGUACCGAUGGACAUGUCGACAAGUGCAGCUCCUUCGAAAACCAGUGUGAUCUGACGGGUCUGAGCUGUGGAGAGUAUUACACAGCGACUGUGCUGGCAGAGGACCAGGACUGCCUGAGCAAACUGAGCAACAGCGUGACAAUCAAGACUGUGCCCUGCACUCCUGCAAACGUCUCCUUGGCGGUGGACUGUGAGGCCAACACUCUGACGACGUCCUGGACAGAGAGCUCAGGAGCGGACUCGUACAUCGCCACGGUGCAGGACAGUUACGGACAGACCACCAGCUGCCAGGCCAUGAACAAGGGCUCCUGCAAUGUGACUGGGCUCGGCUGCGGUCAGAUCUUCCAUGUGUCUGUUGUCUCAUCUGAUGGGUACUGCAACAGCCUGUCCACUCCUAUGGAGGACACGCCUUCAGUUCCCUGUAAGCCGAGACUGAUCCAGGCAGUGAUGAGCUGCUUCAUGCGGACGGCCACGGUGAUGUGGUACCCGGCCGAUGGAGCUCUGUCGUACACGGUAAUGACCUCCACCGCGUCAGGCCACAACGUGAACUGUGAGACCAACACCACCAGCUGUGUGCUGGAAGGGCUGCUGUGUGGCAACAGCUACUCUGUGUCUGUGACGGCUUUGGGAUGGUCCUGCUCCAGCAUCGCUCACAUGCCAGGACAGCUGGUCACUGAGCCGUGCAUCCCUGAGCAGAUCACCACUGAGUACAGCCUUUCCAUCGGCCAGGUGCUGUGGGACAUGACUGCUGGGGCUGAUUACUACACAGUGGAAGGGGUGACAGAUCAGGGCCAGAUGGUCUCCUGCGUCACCAACGACACUUACUGUGCCAUGUACAACUUUGACUGUGGCCAGAUGUACAAUAUAAAUGUCACAGCAAACAAUCAGGUCUGCCAAGAGCCUUGCCCACCCCAAAACGUGCAGACCACUGUGCAGUGUCAGAGCGACGUGGGGGUCGUGUCGUGGGAAUCCAGCUUUGGGGUGGUGGGCUACGAGGUCAGCCUGGCCGGACGCGACGGCCACUCUCUGUCCUGCUCCACCAACGAAACGUUCUGUACAGUGGAAGGCCUCCACUGUGGAGUUGUCUACUACACUAACGUCAUCGCCAUCGGAGAGACGAUCAACAGUGACGAGUCCACUACUGUCCUGCUGGUCUCAGCUCCCUGUGCAGCUGAAAAUGUCGAAGCUAAUUUGGAUUGCGACAACAACACAGCCAAAGUCUCCUGGAGCUCAGCCAACGGAGCAGACUCUUACACUGUGAACGCCGUAGAAGAUGAAGGCCACGUAGCUUCAUGUGAGACCGAUGAGCUACAGUGUGUUCUAACUGGUCUGCACUGUGGUCACACGUAUAACAUCAGCCUCACAUCCAACAGCGACCACUGCCAGACUGAGACAACAAAUAUUGUCACCUUAAUCACAAGACCCUGUAAACCGCUGCAUGUUGCAGUAGACCAGCAGUGUGGGAACAGCACGGCCAACAUGUUCUGGGAGGAAGGCAAAGGAGUGGAGCUCUACCUGGCUACUGCCACCUGCAGCAUGGGAAUGACCAUGCAGUGCAACUCCACCAACUCCACCUGCAGGUUCUACAACUUGAACUGCGGAGACACAUGCACGUUCUCUGUGACUGCGUACACUCACAUGUGCUACAGUGACAUCAGCAGCACUGUGGAGAUCCAGACAGAACCCUGCCAGCCAACUGGCCUGACAGUCAGUGGGUCAUGUGACAACGAUACGGUGGUGUUGGAUUGGUCGGCGGCUAAAGGUACGUCAGGCUACGUGGUCACCACCACAGGAGAUAUGGGAUACACCUCUGCUUUCCAAACCGACGAGACAACGGUGGAGGCUGAGCUGCCGUGCGGACAAUCAUUCACCUUCACUGUAAAAGCUCAGGGUGACCGAUGUGACAGCGCUGUGAGCCUGCCUCAAGAGUUCCAGACAUCUCCCUGUGUGCCCGUGCAUGUCCAGAGCUUCACAUCGUGUGAGGACAGCCUGGGCUCAGUUAGUUGGGCUGAGAGCGAUGGGGCGGACUCUUAUUUGGCCAUCGCAGUUGGACAGGAAGGCCACACCCACAUGUGCACCACAAACACCACCAGCUGCACCUGGGACGACCUGCACUGUGGGGACUUUUACACCGUCCACAUCAUCGCCAACGACUACAUGUGCAGCAGCAUGCCGAGCAACAGCACAACAUUACGAAUGGCGCCGUGUAUUCCUCAGAAUUUGACAACCUUUCUGGACUGCACUACGAAGGUGGGAUCGCUGACCUGGAAUGCCAGUGACACUGCUGAGUUUUACACUGUGACGGCAGAGUCCAACAGUGGCCACAAAGUGCAGCUCAGCACCACCGACACCUGGACCUUCAUUUCUGAGUUUGAGUGCGGCCAAGAGUACUUCCUGUCUGUUCAGGCGGCAGACUCUGUGUGCACAAGCCGACCAAGUCAGCCAUCAACACUUGAGUCAGUGUCCUGUCCGCCCAUUGGUGUCUCCAGCUUCAUGAACUGCGGUUCUAACAUCGCUGUAGUGUCUUGGACCGCCUCGGCUGGGGCGAAGUAUUACACCGCCACGGUGACGCAGGAAGACGGCCAAUCAAUUAGCUGCUGGUCUGACGGCGAGCAGUGUGGCAUGCCAAAUGUCCAGUGUGGACAGAACUACACUGUAAUGGUCGUCGCCUCCAACGAGGAGUGUAACUCUGACCCCAGUGAGGCCGACACACUGCAGUCAGUGCCGUGUGUUCCUACUGACGUGGAGGUGACGAUAGACUGCUCCAAAAAUCAGGCUCUCGUUGGCUGGAGUGCCAGCGAAGGGGCUCUGUCCUACAAAGCGACAGCUGAGAGCGUACAGGGAGCCUUGUCCUCCUCCUGCAUCAGCACAAACCUGACCUGCACCCUCACCAACCUGAUUUGCGGGCACACAUACUCCGUCCAGGUGGUGGCUGAGGAGGAUAUUUGCUCAAGUUUACCCAGCCCAGAUAUAGACUUUGAAUCAGUUCCCUGCACGCCCAGCAUUGGCUCCGUGGCUCUGGACUGCUUCACAAAUUCGGCCCUUUUGAGCUGGACUUACGCUGAAGGCGCCCUGGCCUACACUGCGACAGCCCAAUGUCCUGACGGCCAAGUUUCCACCUGCCACUCCAACUACACCAACUGCGAGUUGAAGGGCCUGCAGUGUGGUCAGACUUAUGAUGUCACCACCGUGGCUUCAAAUGAGAACUGCAGCAGCCCUCCAAGUGCCAUGAAACAGGUUGAGUCAGUGCCUUGUCCUCCUGAGGAUGUUGUGCCUGUCCUAAACUGCUCCACCAACACAGCCCAUGUGUCGUGGCAGGCCAGCAAAGGGGCUGAUUUCUAUAUUGUCCAAGCCUUCGGCAUGGAAGAACAUGAAUCUGUUUGUGAGACAGAGACACAGUCGUGCGUCCUACCAGAGUUCAUGUGUGACUUCACCUACAACAUCAGCGUGAUUGCUGCCAACAGCAUCUGCAAUGUCUCAAAGAGUGACGUCUCGCAUCUGCAAGCAGUGCCCUGUGUUCCGCAGCAGGUGGAGGCCUGGUUGAAUUGUGAGUCUGGUGCUGUGGCUGUCUCCUGGGAGCCUUCUAAAGGAGCAUCAUCAUACACCACAAUUGCCCAGGGCAACGGGGGCUACGAGUCAACGUGCAACAGCAGCACGACAACGUGCGUGUUCGAUGACCUGCUGUGCGGCCUCAACUACUCCAUCACUGUCAGCGCUUCAGAUGAUACAUGUGGCAGCGCUAAAAGCUCUCCGUUGGUGAUCAACACAGUGCGGUGCAUACCACAGAAUGUGAAAGCAGAGAUGGUGUGCAGUAAUGACACAGGUGUGGUGUCGUGGGAAGAAGGAGAGGAAGUGUCCUCCUACAUGGUGCGAGCUUUUGGGCCCGAUGGUGACAACAUUAAUUGUAACAGCACAACAACCAGUUGCCAGCUACCCAACAUGCAUUGCGGCCAGCUGUACAACCUCACAGUGACAGCUGAGGAUGGACAGUGUGACAACAGCAACGCUUACCUCGACCUGCAGUCAGUACCUUGCAGUCCGACUAACGUCAAGGCGUCCCUACUCUGCGACUCAAACUCUGCUGCAGUGACAUGGGAGCGAGCCAGUGGAGCACUCACCUAUCGUGCAGUGGGCGUGACAGAAGAUGGCAGCCAUCAGACUGAAUGUAACAACACCAUGACCUUCUGUGACCUGAGCGACCUGCAGUGUGGACAGACCUACAAUGUGAGCGUGUACGCCCAGGAUGAGUCCUGCUCCAGUGUGGAAAGCAACAAGGCUUACGUACGAACAGCCAAUUGUCCACCCCAGAAUGUGGUCGUUGAUUCACAAUGUGAUGAAGGCACCAUCGUUGUAUCUUGGUCCCCCAACACAGACGCCCAGUACUUCCAUGUGGCGGCAGUGAGCAACACAAGAGCGAGACUGUACUGUAACUCCAGCGGCACUGCCUGCACCAUAAAGGAUCUACCAUGUGGACAGAGCUACAACGUGACGGUGCUGUCUGUGAGGGAUGGCUGUGAGAGUAAGCCCAGUGCUGUGGUAGAGACUUCCUCAGCUCCAUGUGUGCCCAGGAACAUUGAGGGCCGACUGGACUGUGUAUCCAACAAUGCCUGGGUGACGUGGGACGCCUCAGAAGGAGCCCUCAGCUACUCUGUACUGGCCACGGGGGUCGGAGGUCACAACUCCAGCUGCACUUCCACCAGCUCUCCCAGUGCUGUCCCUGAUCUUGAAUGUGGGACGCUUUACACCAUCCACGUCACUGCCGUCAACAAACACUGCCGCAGCAAUCACAGCGCCACCUUUGAGCUUGAGACAGGUCCUUGUGCUCUCUCAUCUAUUAGCGCAGUGAUAGAAUGCAACAGCAGCACGAUCCUGGUUGAAUGGGAAAAGAUGGACGACACACCCCUCUACCUGGUGACCGCUGAGGGCCACGACCAAACCCUCAUUUCCUGCAACAGCUCCUCCAACUCCUGUGUACUGCCGGAUAUCCACUGUGGCAUGCAUUAUAGCAUCAUAGUAUCAGCUUCUUCUGAUAAAUGCAGCAGCCUCAGAAGCCCUCCAAAGAAGAUCAAAACUGCGCCCUGUGUCCCGGACAAUGUGACAGUGGAAGCAUCGUGUGAGGAGAAUGGGGCCACAGUGAUGUGGGGACCCUCCCCUGUGGCGAAGUCGUUCCUCCUGACAGCAACAGGGAGGGACGGACAUGUUGCAAGCUGCGACACCUCAGAGAACAACUGCACCCUGACUCACCUGCACUGUGGACAGCUCUACAACUUAAGCAUCACUGCCAGUGGAGACAACUGCACCAGCCAGCCCAGCACCUCAACCUUCAGGACAGUGCCCUGUGAGCCUUCCGGUCUCGCAGUGGAUAUGGAUUGUGAGGCCAACUCUGCCAUGCUGUCUUGGGAUGCCAGUGAGGGCGCUGUGGAGUACUUUGCCUGUGCCCAGUCUAUGGAUGGAGAGGCGUUCUACUGUGAAAACACUGCAGCUUCCUGCACCAUCGAAGGCCUGAAAUGCGGAGGCGUUUACAAUUUCUCUGUUGAAGCUUCAAACGGCGUCUGCAACAGCUCGUUCAGUCCACCUCUGCAGGCGGGAGCAGCUCCAUGCCCUCCAACUGGCGUCAAUGUCAGAAUACAGAAGAUAGACCAAGGUCACUGGGCCAUGACGUCAUGGGACAGCGUCAACUGUUCUGAUGUUGAGUACCAAGCGAAGAUAACCGGCCGAAUCCAAAACAACCCACAGUCCCUGAUGGAUGUCUCUUCUUACUGGCUGCCCAGGAAAUACUUUGAGUUCCCAAUGCCUUGCAGCACCGCUUAUAAUCUCACUGUACGCUCCAGAAACGCAGCUGCAGCCAGCGGACAACCCAGUGCCUUUAGUGGAGUCACAGUCCCCUGUGCUCCGCAGAAUGUGCAGUUCACCGGUGACACAGACUCAGCCGAGCUUUCCUGGGAUGCGUCAGUGUUUGCCACGAGAUACAAUGUCUACAAUUUGUCAGGGGAAGAUCGAGUUGAGCUUUGUAGCACCACCGGGCUCUCCUGUCAGCUUACCAACUUCGAUCCUGACGCCACUGGAGUAACGGCCAGCAAUGAAGAGGGAGAGAGCAUCCUUAACCAAGAUAUUACAGGUCCAGCAGUAGUUCGCAGAAGAAGAGAUUUGCAGGACAGUGCACGCUAUGCCAGUUUAGACAAAGAUCUAAAAAUCCCGAAAGUGCUGAAUGUAAAAGUAAGUGGACUUUCCUUGUAUGUGAAUUGGACGUCAGUGAAGGAUGCAACCGAGUACAAAGUUGUGAUCGAGGAGCAACAGAAAGACCAGCAGGCCAAUCAGCAACCUAGAGUGAGAAUCGUGCAGGGUAAUUUUUACAAAGAGAACGACCUCAAGCCGCGGACCAACUACUGCAUCAGGCUGGCAGCCAAAAACACCGUCAACCAAAGUGAAUACUCCAAGCCAAUCUGUAGAACCACCGGUGUCUCCUCAUGAAAAAUCAUAGAUCCACUUAAAUGGACACUGGACUCAGCAGAAAUAUCUUCUUAAUUGUUAUAUGUUUGUUUUCUUGACUCUAUAGCAUCCUUAACACCAUUUGAAAGGUUCAAUCUUUAAGAAACUUUAAAAGGAAAAUUGUAAAAAAGAAAGUUAUUACUACAAAACUACAAAACAAUGAUUCUGUUUCAUCUCAAGAAUGCAUCACGAUCAAACCAGGCGAAACAUUUUAGAUUUGAAUGCUUAUGAAUCAAUUGUUUUAGUAAUAGCAUAUAUACUUUUUCAUAACUGUGGCUGGUAUCCUAGAAUAACAAAGUAUUGCUGAAUAUUGUAUUUAUCAAAAAUGGAUUUAUUUUUAAGAUUGACCAUUAGAUUCUGUGGAUGAUUGAUAAACUAGAAAAGUAGUAUACAAAAUAAACUGGUAAUUUAUCAAGCAAUAUUUUUCAAAGCCAUUCAGUAUA